UCGGUGUGUUCGCAACCUUUUGAUACAGAUACGCAGACAGUCUUACGUCAUCGUUGUUGCUGUCCAGGCCUUCAAGUUUGUGAGACUCGGUCUUCGACAACAUGUUUACAACUUUCGCAACAAAUGACACCACUAAACCAAUGACCAAUGAAGCCUCUGGAUCGAUCACUAGUCUACAAGCUGUCGCUCGGCCCAAACGGCAGCAGGUUUUACGAGCUUGCGUUUGGUGUCGAACUCACCGAAUCAAGUGCGAUUCGAGUUUUCCAUGCACAAACUGCCGGGCUAGAAAUAGAAAAUGCAGCAAUUUUCAAGGAGAUCAUAUGCAUUUGGGUGCGACCGAGGAGAUUGCAAUGCUCAAAGCGAGGAUCAAAGAGCUUGAAAAGCGACUGGAAGAACCCAGUGGCAUAGAUUUGGUCGCUUCCAGAAUGAAAUACAACCUAGAGCGCGCUGAUGGUCCUGCAUCCUUGCCUAUCAGCCUAGAUCCUUAUAAGGAGCAUGGUGGCAACAGAAAAUACUAUAACUGGGAUUGCAUCUCAACGAAAACAUCACAGUACAGCAACCAGUACUAUGGGUACUCUUCUUCAUUUUACUUUAUUCAUCAAAUGACUUCUUACCUGAAUGACGUACUUCAACAAGGGCAUGACGGCAUCCAGCCUUUCUCGCCUACGCUUUCCCGAGCAAACCAUGUGUCCACGUCGCGGAUCAACGGGAAUAGCAAUGACGCGCAUCCAAAUGAACACAGCCUUUGUGAAAACCAAUCGCAGAUGCAGGAGAAUUACUGGAUAAAACUUUACUUCAAUACCUUCCACACCGUCAUGCCCGUCCUUGACGAGGUCGAGUUCAGGACGUACCACGGAUGUUUAUGGGAGACGAUCGAUUUGUAUCGUAGGCCUUCUGCUCUAGUUGACAUUGUUCUCGCGCUUGCGAUGCAGAGCAACACUAAUGUCGACCAUUCUGAGUACCAAAAACAAUGGGGCACCAACCUGAGUGCUACUGAUACUGGGAUUAGUGCGCACUGGCAUUACCAAAGGUGCCAGUCUCUUUUGUCCGAUGAGCUCGAGGAUCCUUCUAUACGAACGUUCCAGGGUCACCUACUUACAGCAUCCUGGCUUUUGAAUGCCUCUCGCCGUAAUCUGGCCCAUAGUGUGAUGGCUACAGGUAUACGGAUUGGCAUUAUUCUCGGGCUUCACUUGGAGCCGCAAGACACGAUUCCUCUUGCUCGCAGAGAGUUUCAGAAAAGGCUAUGGUGGGCUAUGUACUCUUUAGAAAUACGCCUGGGAAUGGAACUAGGUCGCCCACUCGCUGUUUCCAUCUCAAUGGUCACAUGCAGUCUUCCCAAGGAAUUCACUACCGAGGGAGAAAAGACAUCGCACCACUUUUCACAGCAACAAUCCAUGAACGGGGAUGCUUACUUAAUCCACUACAUCAAGCUGAUGCUUGCCACACGAGCCAUAUACAUCACGUUCUACCACAAGUGUGCCGAGGUUCUCAGCGCUGGUGGACACAAAAUCAUCUAUGAUGAUUGCAUUGCUCUGGAGGCUUGUGCUCAAUUUCUUCAUUCGAGGCUUGAUGCACUAAACUUUUGGCUUGAAAGUACUCCAGGAUUUCUCAAACUCACUCGAACGGGUGGCAGCCCCCAAUCCUCGAGCGAUGAGUUGUUGCUGCAAUUUGACAGAGCUACGCCUACCCGGAUCCUACGACAAAGCAUCACCCUCGAGCUAGAAUAUCACCACCUCGCGAUAAUUCUAUAUCGGCCUUUUAUCUUCUUUGCAGAUACACCGAUUCUAGACAUUCCAGUCGCCAUGGGACAUGCCACAUCGUGUGUAAGACACGCUAUCGCGUCGACGAACAUCAUGCACCAAACCUUAAGGGAGACAGACAAUCUGAUCAGCUGGCAUCGGGUUUUCGCAUGGCAAUGGGAUUCUUUCCUUUCUUUGGUCGGAUACAUCGUUGCUUUCCCAACCGGACCGUCCACACAAGCAGCACGUGGGGCGGCGAGUACCGCCAUGAUGGUUCUGGACCUAAUUCCCCGCCAUCUUCAAGGCAAUCCCACCGCUGCUGAUAUUGCUCGUGAUUUUUUAGCGAAAUCGGACCAGUUGAUUGAGCGCUCCCGUGGUUCAAUUUCGGUUGAUGGACUAGUAUAUGGCUUGCCGGUAGUAUCUCCAUUCAAUCGAUUCGACACCACAUCCCCUGAUUGCUAUUCGUUCGAUUCCAGAUUUCCAGACCCAUUCUUAAUGACGACAUCAAUUAAUGAAUUAACCUGCAUAUCCGAGGAUAAUUGGUUAGAGUUCUCUGAUAAUGGUCUCCCUCAUGACCUGUUAGCUCAGUUGGGAGAAGCUGAUGGCAACGAAAAUCCUGUACUCGAGAGUGGUGUCCCGGAAGUACCCGAACUAUGA